CGUACUCCGACGACGCCAUUCAUUCGCUCGAUAUAACCUCAACCGGCAGAAGAUCACGUUUUGCGAUCCCGGCGAGAAUCUUCGAGAAAUAGACAGAGGUUGGAAAACUCCUUGGAGCAUCAAAUAUCGAAUUUAAUUUUAUUUCAAAAUGUUGCGUUUGCCUCGUGUUGUUCGCCAGACUGCUGCAUUCCACAAAUCAUAUCAAAACGCAAGAUUUUACGCCAAAGAUGUAAGGUUCGGUGCUGAUGUAAGAGCCCUCAUGCUCCAGGGCGUCGACGUCCUGGCUGACGCCGUCGCUGUCACAAUGGGUCCCAAGGGCAGAAAUGUGAUCUUAGAACAGUCCUGGGGCUCACCGAAGAUCACCAAGGAUGGAGUCACCGUCGCCAAAGGAGUGGAGCUCAAAGACAAAUUCCAGAACAUUGGAGCAAAACUGGUCCAGAAUGUGGCGAACAACACAAACGAAGAAGCCGGCGAUGGUACCACGACUGCCACCGUUCUUGCGAGAGCUAUCGCCAAGGAAGGUUUCGAGAAGAUCUCAAAGGGUGCGAAUCCCAUCGAAAUCAGAAGGGGCGUCAUGCUGGCGGUGGACGCAGUCAAGGACAAGCUGAAGACGAUGUCGAAGCCCGUCACGACACCGGAGGAGAUCGCGCAGGUCGCCACCAUCUCCGCCAACGGAGACACCGCCAUCGGCCAGCUCAUCGCCGACGCCAUGAAGAAGGUCGGCCGCGACGGCGUUAUAACCGUGAAGGACGGGAAAACGCUCACCGACGAACUAGAAAUCAUUGAAGGUAUGAAAUUCGAUAGAGGUUAUAUUUCACCAUAUUUCAUCAACUCUUCCAAGGGCGCCAAAGUCGAGUUCCAGGACGCACUAGUCUUGUUCUCAGAGAAGAAAAUCAGCAAUGUGCAGACUAUUAUCCCUGCUCUGGAGAUGGCCAACCAACAAAGGAAGCCACUGAUCAUCGUUGCUGAGGAUGUUGAUGGAGAGGCUCUCUCCACCUUGGUUGUUAACAGGCUGAAGAUUGGUCUCCAAGUGGCUGCAGUCAAGGCUCCAGGCUUUGGUGACAACCGCAAGGCCACCCUAAGUGACAUGGCUAUCGCUACCGGAGGUGUUGUGUUCGGUGAUGAUGCUAACCUUAUCAAAUUGGAAGAUGUCCAGCCCUCUGAUUUAGGUCAGGUUGCUGAGGUUGUUAUCACCAAGGAUGACACACUGCUACUCAAAGGAAAGGGCAAGAAGGCCGAUAUUGACAGGAGAGCUGAACAAAUCCGUGAUCAAAUCCAGGAAACCACCUCUGAGUAUGAGAAGGAGAAGCUGCAGGAACGUCUUGCCCGCUUGGCCUCGGGUGUUGCUGUACUUCACGUCGGUGGCUCCAGCGAAGUCGAAGUCAACGAGAAGAAGGACCGUGUCAAUGAUGCCCUGUGUGCCACCCGUGCUGCUGUUGAGGAAGGUAUCGUUCCCGGCGGAGGUUCAGCUCUCCUCAGAUGCAUUCCAGUACUUGAACAGCUCAAGACCGCCAACCCAGACCAGGCUACUGGUGUAGAAAUUGUCAAGAAAGCCCUCAGAAUGCCUUGCAUGACUAUUGCACGCAAUGCAGGAAUCGAUGGGUCUGUUGUUGUUGCCAAAGUUGAAGAUUUGGGACCUGAAUUCGGAUAUGAUGCGCUGAACAAUGAGUAUGUGAACAUGAUUGAGAAGGGCAUCAUUGACCCCACCAAAGUAGUCAGAACAGCGCUCACAGACGCCAGUGGCGUCGCGUCACUCCUGACGACAGCCGAGGCCGUCAUCUGCGACAUCCCUCAGGAGAAGGAGCCCAACCCCAUGGCUGGCAUGGGAGGCAUGGGCGGCAUGGGGGGAAUGGGCGGUAUGAUGUAAAUACCGAAUAGACUAUUGAUGCAUUUAGUAAUGUGAAUAAAGAACUAUGUUAUAAUAGUUACAUCACCUGUUGUGGGUAUGGCAAUUUAAUUGAUAUGUUCUAGUUGUAAAAAUUGUGGUGUGAAUGACUACGUAGUUUCCGUUUAUUUUAAUGAGUCUGAUUGUGUUACAAAUGUAGUAGAUUUAUUUAGUUAGUUAUAAUGUUGGCUGAAUUG